AUGCUUUUUUAUCUUUCACAGGCCCGUUAUCAUGCAAACUCUACAACUUGUGCGACUGGCAUUGUGGCGGCUUUGACAGAAUCCGAGGUUAGAUGCUCUAUCCUUGAGGGGGAUAAUUCCACUGAAAAGGCUCAGAGAACUGCUCUUAGCUCAGACUCGGCUUUGUUUGCCCAAUCAAACAUACCCUGUGGAAGUCGUAGCGCCAGCACCACCGGUCAUAUCCCCAACAGUCUUUCAUCUUCGAAUACAAUGCUUCUAAAUAAACGCACAUCCUUCAAGGCCAAAGCAAAUAUUGGAUUAGUUUCUCAAUUAUUUCAUGAUCAGUCUUUAGAAACAUCAGCUUCAUCCACUGGACCGACGACUUUCACACAAACCUUGCCUUCUAGCAUGCCGCUAGCACUUGCUGAUGCUGAUUAUUCCGGACAGCCCAGUUGGAUCAUUCCCACUCCUGAAGCUUCUGCUAUUUGUGAAUUGUUAGGACCCUCCUCUCAACCAAAUGACACAGAUAAGAUGGAAAAGAAUGGUCAUUCUGUUUUGGAUGGCUUGCCUUCUAAACUGAAUAGUCUUGCUGUGUCACAGAACUCUACGUCGCCACAGGGGCCAAGGACUUCAGCUUGCAGAGCGCACUCUCUAGUUCAGCCCUUUCUCUCUAGAUCUCUGAGUCCUGUUGCUAAGACCGAAGGCUCUAGAGCCACAGAUAGUAUUCAUUACAAGCCUAUCAAGAGCACUCUUCCAUCGGCUUAUGCCGGCCACUGGAGCUUGGCUUCUGAUUUGACAAGCUCUAAAUCCUUUGAUGGAUCGACAAAAAAUCUCGUGUCUUCAAAUGACGCAAACAUCUCCACAACAGAUAUGGUCUCUAUCAUAAAAACUUGCCCCUUUUUCAGUACUCCCGCUGCUAAACUGGAAUACGACCUUAUGCUUUCUCCUCAGCCCGGCCAUGCGAAUGUUAUUAUGGAUGGACAAUCAAGCGUAUCCAAAGCUGACUUAGGAAGACAGAAUGAGCUUACUUUGUAUAGUCCAGCUUCUGAUUUUGGUUAG